AUGAUUGAAGACGAUGAAUCUGAGUGCUUCUUUUAAUUAAAACCUUCUAAAAAGAUCAAAAAGACUAGAGGCAAUACUCUUAGAAUUCAAAAACAUUAUGAUACUUUAAAUCAAAUGUAGAUAGCUGCUUCAGACCAAGAAUAAACUAUUCUAGGAUUAAUAGAUAAACGAUCUUCAAGUAAUAAUAUUAGUAAUAUGUCUAUAGUUUAUUCAAAGAAUAAAUAAAUCACAUAAUGGAAAGAAAACAUAUCUUAAUCUCAGUCUUUAAUAUAUGUUAAUUUUAUCAAAAAUGAAUCAGAAACUUUUGAUGAUAGUGAAAGUUUUCUUAAAUAACCUUAAAAUGAAUUGCUAAUAGAAAACUACCUAUGUUGA